UUAUUAACCAUAAUGCAGUUAGUUAUAUAGUGUUUAUCUUGUACUCAACCAUACAUACAUGUAGCUACCGAAAACAUUUCCAUGUAAUACACACCAAAUGCACACUAAAACUGUGUGGCCUUGGGAAAAACUGUUUCUAGUUAUUAAUUGUUUGCAAUUGACAAAUAAUGUAAAAUAACGCAAUGUGCAAUUAUUGUCUGAGUGAGUCCAGCUAUGUAAUGUUUUCAGUUAUUUGGUUUUGCCGUUGAUAUGGUAUACUUGUAUUAACUGAACAGCCUAUUGUAAACUGAAUUACUACACAGAUUCAAACUCAGAACCUUCUUUUCCCCACAGAAUACCAGGGGAGCUAGAGGCAUAUAGGCAUGCCAAAUAAACCUCCAGGUACCACUCCUGAGGUUGUACUUUGGAGGACCACUCUACCCACGGCUGGGGCAGGGAAGUGGAGAUGCUGGUGUUCCUCUACUGGCUGGCUAGUGCCACAUCAUACCGUGUCGUGGCAGAAGCUUUUGCAAUACCAACGCAAACAGUCUGUAACUUGAUGCACAAGGCCAGUAAGAGGGUCCUUGCCAUUGUGAAGCGGGUGAUCCAUUUCCCCACUGCUGCAGAGUUGGACGGAGUUGGUGCUGGUUUUGAACACCUGGCGGGGUCGGCAGUGUUUGCUCGUGUGGCUGGCAGCAUUGAUGGCUGCCAUGUGAGAGUGGUUGCACCAUCAGCACACGAGCAGGCAUAUUUAAACCGCAAGCUCUUCCACUCCAUCCAGUUCCAGGCCACCUGUGACCACAGGGGGAAGUUCCUGGGCGUCUUCGUGGGUUACCCUGGAUCAGUCCAUGAUGCAUGUGUCCUCAGGCACUCUGAUGUGUAUGUUCAUCAGCUGUAUCCCCCCACAGGCAUGAUUCCUCAUUGGAGACGGUGGAUACCCCUGCAUCCAAGACCCCAUCACCCUCAUCACACCCUAUCGGGAGCCAGGGCAGAGCCCUGUACACAGGUUCAACGGCAGGUUCAACGGCAAGCUCUCCAGAGCCAGGCUCGUUGUAGAGCAGGCCUUUGGGGUCAUGAAAACCAGGUGGCGGACCAUCUUCCUCAAGGCUAUGGAAGUGAGAAUUCCAUUUGCUGUGGAGGUGAUAACCUGCUGUGUUGUUCGGCACAACCUGUGCCUGGGUACAGAGGACCUGGAAGCCCCUUCUGAUCAGGACGCAGAUGAGGCUGACCCUGAUGCUCCUGCUCAUCCUCAGGUGGCUGAUGGCCUUCAGGAUCGGCUCGCAGCUGCAGUCUCAGCACCUGUAGUCUGUGUUCCUGCACUGUGUGAUCACGACUACACCACUUGAAGAGCACCUCCAUGUCACCUGAACCUCACAUGCACAUUGUUUGUCACUAAACAAAUUACAACUGACACAUUUACACAAUGCACUAUUCACCCUCCACUUAUCACUGUCACACAAUAAACAUUUUAUUUUUUUGGGAGGCCCUGGAUCAGCGUUCUCGUCACGCCUCCUGUCAGUACCUGUCAACAGGGAAGCUAAUGAUCCAACACAAUUAACAUUGUAUGUAAACAAAACAAAACAUGGCUGGGCAAUAGUAAAGACUUUUUUUCAGGAAAUUGCAUGAAUGGAGUGUUGCUUUUAAUCAUUUAAAGUUUAUGGUCAUAGUGUAUUUUCAGUGUAACCUAAUUUACAAUUCUCAUCUACCUCAUUCUCAAGGAUGACAUUUAACAUGUGGAGUUUGUAUUCCACUUACCUUAACCUCAAUUACAAGGACAACGGAUUGACCUUUGUUUAGAGAUUUAAUCUAAUUAUGCUGAUUGGGUUGUUGGGCAGCAGGAAUUCUGUCU